AUUCCCUAGAAAGUGGGGGAAGGGAAGGGAAGGGAAGGGAAGGGAAGGCAGAGAAAUGGGAGUGUGUGGAUUUGGUAUAUGUGGUAUAUGUCUAUGAUGGUGGUGGUGGGCUUGAUGAUGGUGAUGCACGCCGGCAGCUUUACCUUACCAAACUCCAAAUGGCACGCCUGCUGCCUCCACUCAAAACCCAACUUGUAAUAAUAAUAUUAACUCCUUUCUCUCUUAUUCUUCUUCCUUCUCAAAAACAAUGAAAACAAAAGCUAAUCCUUUUUCUCACACUUUAUCAUCUUUUUGUCAGCCAACAAUUCCAUUUCUCAUCUCUUCUUUUCUACACACAAUCCCAACAAUAUGCUGAAUAUGGGUUUUUGAUUUGAGAUUAGCCCAUAAAAAGAAGAUCAGCUCCCACGCCUUGCUUUGAGACAUCACACAAGUUUGAACCCUUCCUCCUCCUCAUUCUUCUCUGUUAAACCAACUUGUUCUAUGUCCAAAAAACUAGAGAGACUCCGAGUUUUUUGAUGUGGGUCUUAAAUGGAUACCUUGUUUCGGCUUGUCAAUCUCCAAUCUGAGCAAUCUUACAAUUCCAGCAGGACCAAUUCUAGCAGCUCUAGAUCUUCCAGACAGAACCAAUAUCAGUACCAUCAACAGGACGACGACCAAGAAUGCUACAACCUUCUCAUGGAUGACGAAGAUUUCUCAUCCUCUAGUAAUUCUAGACAAUACUAUAAUCCAUACCAUCCACACCCACCUUCCACCGCCACUCCCACACCCAUCGAUCAAUUCUCAUACGUCUCCCCCUCUCCGGACAUCAACUUCGAAUUUUCCGGCAGGUGGGCUGUCGAUAUUCUCCUUGAGACGGCCAGGGCAAUUUCUGACAGGAACAGCUCCCGCGUUCACCAACUCAUGUGGAUGCUAAACGAACUUAGCUCCCCCUAUGGGGAUACGGAUCAAAAGCUGGCUGCCUAUUUCCUGCAGGCCUUGUUUAGCCGCAUGACAGAUUCCGGCGACCGUAAUUAUUGCGCUUUGGCCUCUGCCUCAGAGAAAACAUGCUCAUUCGAUUCAACUAGGAAAGUGAUGCUCAAGUUUCAGGAGGUUAGCCCCUGGACCACUUUUGGGCAUGUUUCUUGCAAUGGCGCAUUAAUUGAGGCCUUAGAAGGCGAAUCGAAGCUACACAUAAUCGAUAUCAGUAGCACGUAUUGCACUCAGUGGCCUACUUUGCUAGAAGCUCUCGCGACUCGUACCGACGACACGCCGCACCUUCGUCUCACCACGAUCAUCACCACCAAACCAGGCACUGGUACCGGAAUAUCUGCAUCUCAAAAAGUAAUGAAGGAAAUAGGUACGAGAAUGGAAAAGUUCGCUAGGCUUAUGGGCGUACCUUUCAAAUUCAAUGCGCUGUACCAUUCCGGUGACCUUUCGGAAUUGGACUUAGCCAAAUUAGACAUCAAAGAAGACGAGGCACUUGCCAUCAACUGCGUCGGAGCCUUACGUUCCAUUGCGGCGAUUAACAACCGCCGAGAUUUCUUGAUUUCGUCUUUCCGCAGUUUACGCCCGCGGAUAAUCACAGUGAUAGAAGAGGAAGCCGAUCUCGACGUAGGCGUCGAUGGGACUGACUUUCUGAGAGGUUUCCAAGAAUGUUUGCGUUGGUUUAGGGUUUACUUCGAGACAUUGGACGAAAGUUUCACGAGGACGAGCAACGAGCGGUUGAUGCUCGAGAGAGCUGCCGGUAGGUCAAUCGUGGACCUGGUGGCUUGCUCGGCGGCGGACUCGGUUGAGAGGCGGGAAUCGGCGGUGAGGUGGGCUCAGCGGCUGCAUGGAAACGGAUUCGGACCGGUGACGUUCAGCGACGAAGUAUGCGACGACGUCAGAGCGCUGUUGAGGAGAUACAAGGAAGGUUGGGCAAUGACACAGAACUCCGACGUCGCCGGAAUCUUCUUGACGUGGAAAGAGCAGCCGGUGGUGUGGGCCAGUGCAUGGAGACCUUGACCAGAACUAGUUGGAUCACGAAAAUGGACCGGUUCGGUUCGGUUCAAUAACUUUUUGCACAUGCCUGAAGAUCGGGGGAGAUUUCCGUUACCGUGUUUGGAAAGAAAAAAAGAAAAAAAGGAAGAUAAAUUAAAUUAUCCGAUCGGAGUGGUUUUAAUAGAAUUGAGGCACAUUUUAAUUCUUGAUUUGUCACUAUUUCCCAUUUAUAUGAACCUUUUUUCUUUUCAUUAUAGAAGCUCUUCGUGAAUAUGAAUACAAUGCACCAUGCAUAAAAUAUCGC